AGUCCAGCUGCUGACUCGAGCAAUGAGCCGCGUCUUUUGAUGGGAUUGGGUGAGCAUGGCUAAUUAGAGCGACUUGAGCCCGACAAGGUACGGACUUUCCGACUGUAUACGUAGUAGGCAAUGUUUCCCCAUGGAACGGACCGUCGGACAGUCCAAGGGGAUGCGUGCGCAGCAACGUGACUCUCGCGACGUUGCGCGGCUCCCGAGUUGUCCGUGAUUAGCUGCCCAAUUGAGCAAUGAUGGACGUACGACCACCUGCUCUCGCGGGUCUAGUGAAUCACGGGGCAAUAGGAGUAUAAGAUACGAAAAGGUGAAGGACGAAAUAGUUGAAGGAGCAGACGCGCCAGGACAAACUACACAAGUCACCAUGCAUCCAUCAUCGCUACUGCUCGCCGCUGCCUCAGGGGCUUCGGCUGCCCCCGUGUUCGCCGUCUACUUUGACCAGUGGCAUACGACAUACCUCCCCGAACGCGCAACGACGGCCGGCGUCACGCAUGUCAUCACCGCAUUUGCGCAGUCCACCAUCUUCAACUCGGGCACGUCGUACGCCCCCUUCAUGCCCCUCGACCAGGUGCGCGCGCUCUUUGACGACGGCAGCAAGGUGUGCAUGGCCAUUGGCGGAUGGGGCGAUACGUCUGGCUUCAGCGCCGGUGCUGCGACGGAGCAGACAAGGAAGACGUAUGCACAGAAUGUCGCUACGACAAUGGACAAUCUCGGCUAUGAUUGCGUGGAUAUCGAUUGGGAGUAUCCUGGUGGUAACGGCGAGGAUUACAGGAUAGUCCCCAAUGACCAGAAGGUGCAGGAGAUUGAGACAUUCCCGCUGCUGCUGCAGGAGAUCAAGGCUGCGAUUGGAGACAGGGAGCUCUCCAUCGCCGUGCCAGGCAAGGAGGGCGACAUGAUUGCCUUUACGGCUGACAAGGUGCCCCUGAUCAACGAGGUUGUCGACCACGUCAACGUCAUGUCGUACGAUUUGAUGAAUCGUCGCAACAAUGAGACCACGCAUCACACUGGUAUCCAGGGGUCAGCGCGUGCUGUCGACCUGUAUAUUGAGAGGGGAAUGGAUGCGAGCAAGCUGAUUCUGGGAUUCGCCUUCUACAGCAAGUGGUUCACCACGUCCGGCCCCUGCGAGGGCCAAGUAGGCUGCCCGACAGCUGAGCUGGAGCGUCCUGACGGGACGGACACGGGUCUGUCUGGCGCCGUGACAUUUGAAAACGCGAGCUACAGCGACGCCGAGUUUGUGCAGGCCAUGCAGAAUGGCAAGACGGACGAGGAGAGGGGCGGCCAGUGGUACUGGGCAAACAACAAGUUCUGGACGUGGGACACGCCGGCCCUCAUUGCGCGCAAGUUUGACGAGAUUAUCAAGCCAAAGGGGCUCGGUGGCGUCAUGGCCUGGAGUCUCGCGCAGGAUAGCUAUGACUGGAGUCACCUGAAGGCGAUCCAGAAGGGCGUGAACUGUCUCUGAUUUGGUUUGAUCAAUAGCAAACACGAGCUUCCCACCGCUUGCUUUUCGUCGCGUGAUUCACUGAUGCCGUAAUGGUGACCUCCAAACCGUUCUCAACGCGGCUGAGGAAGAUGUGAAGUAGUUUGAUUGUAUCACAUGUCCCGA